AUGCGACUUUCCGGGGUGUCUCGAUUCGGCGCAACGGUCGCCAAGUUACAGCGACCUACCAUCACUCUGCCCACCAAGCAGGCCUCCGGCAUCGACGCCAACAAGUACAAGGGCGGGCUGCCUCUGCAUCGACCCUUGAACCAGGAAGAGCGAGUUGCCAAGCUGGAGCAGGGCAUCGAGUCUGGCGACGCCCAUUUCGCGCUGGGUAAGCGGGAGGUGUGGUUCCCUAAGGAGCAGGUUAUUCUUGUGCGACCCAAUGCCAAGCUGACCCCCUACCAGGCGUCCUUUCUCACUCCUCUGCACAUGAACAAGAUGGAACUGCGAGACUACCUGUACAACGUCUACGGUCUGCGAGCGCUCAACGUGCGGUCCGUGGUUUUCCCCGCCGCAUUUGAGCGAGAAAACCCCACCCGACCCCGAUACCGAAAGCGAAUGAUCAAGAAGAUGACUAUUGAGAUGGAGGAGCCCUUUGUGUGGCCCGAGGACACUGACGGCUUUCUGGCCAAGAUGGAGGAGUCGGCAAGAGAGACCAAGAAGCUCAUGGACGAGGUCACCGGCCUUGAUUCCCUUGGGUCCAGUCGAGAUCGACCCUCUACUGCCUUUGGGGGAAUUAUGGGCCCCUACAAGAAGGCCGGAUCACCUUUCGUGGCCCAGAAGGUGGCAUCCAAGCUUGGCGGCUCCAAGCGACGAGAGGCCGAGGCCGAGGCUCAGCAGGAGAAGAUGCGAAACAUCGCCUUCUACCUGGCCAAGAACAAGCAGGCUGGCAUUCCCCAGCCUAAGACAAACUAG